AUGUUGUCUAGUCCCGACAGCGAACCACUUGAGUCCAAGACACCGCCGCGAGAUGCUGCGUCUUGUUGCAUCCGCGCCGGAGAUGCAUCGGAUGGAAGCGGAGCGGGAUUCGCUCGCCAGCAAAGCCCAUCCUCGACCAAAGCAAGCAAGCAAGCAGGCCAACCGCCAAGCAAGCACUGUGCCGUUUGGCAGAUUGCCCCACCACUAUUGGCACCGCUGUGCUGGAGGUGGCAUGGCAGUAUGGCAUGGCUGCCAUGCCAUGCACCACCAGUUGAGUGCCGCCGGCAUGCCAGAUGCGUCGAUUUAGCUCAUCGACUGCUGUCCCGGCCCUGUCGCUGGCGACGCCGAACUGUUCGCAUUCCUACUUCUCUGUUUUUGCUUUUUCGAUGCUCUACCGUCGAUGCAGGAAGCCCUAUGUUUUGCAAGCCAGGUCGAUAG